AAAUAGUUUGAGGUUGUUGGGCAGAGAGAGAAACAACAACAUCACUAAGUGCUGUCUGAAAGCCCAUCUCUUUUCUGUCAUCACCGUCAAUGGGUUCAAAUUCCAAACUUUUUGCUUUUGAGGAGGUGGCUAAGCACAAUCAUAAGAAGGAUUGCUGGAUUAUUGUCAAUGGAAAGGUAUAUGAUGUCACCCCAUUUUUGGAUGAUCAUCCAGGAGGUGAUGAAGCUUUGCUGUCUGCUGCAGAGAAGGAUGCCACCACUGAUUUUGAAGAUGUUGGCCACAGUGACUCAGCAAUAGAGAUGAUGCAAAAGUACUAUGUUGGGAAGGUUGACACCACCACACUUCCAGGAAAAGUUAACAACAGUCCAUCACCACCAACACAAGCACCUGCCCACAACAAUGAAUCUUCUGGAAUUGUUUUGAAGAUCUUGCAGUACCUGUUGCCAUUGCUGAUAUUGGGCUUUGCAUUUGCUCUUCAGUACUAUGGCAAAAAUACCAAGUCCAACGAAUCAUGAAAAUUGAAUAUGAGCUAGGGCCAUAGUAUUGGUACAUCUAUUAUUCAUAAUAUAUAUAUUAAUGCAGUAUCAUAGUGGUAAUAAACUGGAGGCAGGUUUUCUUUUUAUUUUUAUUUUUUGGGAGGGUAUGGUUUAAUUUUAUUUCGCUAGCUUAUAUCAUGCAUGGAUCUUCUUGUCUUCUAGAUGUGCUAUGGCCUCUUUCUUCAUGUGAAUCUUUUGAAAUGAAUUUUAUUAAACAAUGACUAGGGUACAAACUAUGCUAUUAUCUGUUG